AUGCCUGUUGCUCUUCGCAGUGGUUAUAUCAUGUUGGGAAUUGUGUUUCUUGUAUUACUGGCCAGCUGCUGCUGCUCGGCGGAGCUGGGGUACCAGUACCAGCAGAACAAUGCGCCCCUCAACAGCUACGGAGCUGCAGCUCAGGACUAUGGAAACGAUGGAACCUCCGCGGACGGCGGGUAUCCGACUUUAGCUAAUGAACACUACGAUGACCAUGCCGAGUUCCACAAGCAUUUCUAUGCCUUCGAAGCGCCCUACGACUCAGGCGAGGAGGCGGACCUGGUGGAGACCAAGUUGGCCUCCCUCUCGCAGAAGAACCUGCAGGUGGUGUUCAUCAAGGCGCCGGAAAACAAGGCCGUGGUGGGGGCUCUCAGCGCACUGGCCAAGCAGACCACCGAGGACAAGACGGCCAUCUAUGUGCUGAACAAGCAGACGGACUCGAACGAAUUGGCAAGCCAACUGAGCGUCCUGAAGACGCACCACAAACACAAGCCCCAAGUUCAUUUUGUCAAAUACAGGACGGAAGCGGAGGCUGUCCAGGCACAGCAGCACAUUCAGGCGCAGUACGGCGGCACGGCGCCACCGCAGCCAGCACAGACAUCCUCAUUGGGCUACUAUCCGGAGCAGCAGCCGCAGCCGGAACAGGACCAAGCCCCACAACCAAGCUACUUGCCCGGACCUCCACCUCCUCGUGCUCAAUCGAGUUACCUGCCAGCAGCUCCUCAAUCGAGUUACCUGCCACCACCAGCUCCUCCCCAAGCAGGAUAUCUGCCCUCCUUGCCCAACUAUGCCUCCAUUGCUCAGGGCUACAAUGCGGGAGGAUCUGGAGCUGGGGCAGCAGCAGGCACACUGGGGCAGAUUGAUCUGCCGCCUCUGUCUGAGCCGCAGCAGGACCUUGGCUCCAGCUACGACGACUUGGACGAACGAUCCGGCAGAUCGCUUCGCACCGGUUUCCGAGCCAACGAGAGACGGCGCUCGGGCAGUCGCAUGGUCUUUCCCACGGAGUUAUCCUCCUCCAACUACUAUCGUUCCCAACAAGCCUCCAAGCGCCGCAGACGCGCCCACCACUAG